CUAAAAGAAGUCAGAAAGACAAGCACGUGGUUAAGCUCUGAGAGGGUGGAUUCUACCAGUCUUACUUCAGUUCCUUUUGCAACAGGAGCUCAGAAUCACAAGGAGACUAACCCAAAGAUGAGUCUCCCAUAUCACAUUUUAGCCAGCUUCCUUCUGAUUUUCAGCUCUUCCGCUAAAGGUCAAGACUCCGAGCCUAUUCCUCUCUGCGGUGUUGUGGACCAGGACAUCAACUUGGAUAUUCCCGAUUUUUCCAUGAGUGAUCUCGUCGAUGAUAUACAAUGGAGAAUAGGAUCAAAUAAGAGCAAGGUUGCACAGUUUCACAGAGACAGGAACAAUACCUCGCCAAUUGAGAGAUACGAGAUAUUACAAAAUGGAACGCUGAAAAUUAAACAUCUGAAGAAAAAUGAUAAUAAUACCUACAAGGUAUCAAUAUUUAAUAAAAAAGGAAAAAGCCUGUUGGAGAGGAGUUUUAAUUUGAAGAUUGUAGAGAUGGUCUCAAAACCAAAGAUCUCCUGGAAUUGUGUCAAUAAAACCCUGACCUGUGAGAUACUGGAUGGAACUGACCCUCAGUUAAAGCUAUCUCAGAAAGGAAGACAGCUGGGAAGCAUCCUUCAGAAGGUUCUCACACACAAGUGGACCAGUAAGCUGCCCACAGAAGUCACGUGCACGGCAAAGAACAGCCUAAGUGAGAAAUCCACUGUGACAGCCAUCAGCUGUUCAGAGAAGGGUCUGAACAUCUACCUCAUCAUCGGCACCUGUGUAGCAGGCACCCUUCUGAUGGUCUUCGUGGCACUGCUCAUUUUCUACAUCAGCAGGAGGAAGAAACAGAACAGGAGGAAAAACGAUGCGGAACUGGAGCUCAAAGCCCACAGAGUGACUACCAAGGAAAGGGCCCGAAAGCCCAACCAGAUUCCAGCCACAAUGCCUCAAAAUCCAGCAGCUUCCCAGCCUCCUCCUCCACCACCUGGUCAUCGUUCCCAUGCACCUGGUCAUCGCCAAGUGCCUGCAGGCCACCGCGUUCAGCACCAGCAGCAGAAGAGGCCUCCUCCAUCAGGCACACAAGUUCACCAACAGAAAGGCCCUCCCCUCCCCAGACCUCGGGUUCAGCCAAAACCUCCCCCCGGAGCUACAGAAAAGUCCCCCUCUCACUAAAAGAGAUAGAGGCCCAGCCACAGUAGCACAUGCUGCUAGGCGCUGCUGCUUGGCAGGCUGAGGCCCAUGUAGGAGGUCCGGGGUCAAUUCCUGUCCAUCCUAACCAUCAGGGGAGCGGUGCACAUCUGUAGUCCCAUCCCCCAGGGGAACUGAGGCAGGAGGUUUGUGACAUAGUGAAACCCUGCCUAAAAACAAGGGGUGGAGAUGGUGUUGCAGUGGUAAAACGCAGGCUCUGUGAGGCUGCCUCACCCCAGCCAGUUCCUGUCUGGAGAGUA